AACAUCUUAUUAGUAACUCGUGAAAUCGAUAUCCUUAAUGCAACAAACUCUCGGAUUCAUCACCAAUAUGGUGACAAACCGUCAGCAUGUCAUCACAGAGUAUUUGAUGCGCCACUGAAAUCAAAAUAUCAACCUUUAUCAUCAAUUCCUAAGCGAAUGCACCUAUCUUUUAUAAACGAUAAAUCUCCUUCAAGAAUUAUAAAAACAAAACAAGGAUGCGAAAUAAAAUUGAAGCGUAUGACUGAAAGUGAAAAAUAUAUUCGUAAAUCUGCAACAAGACCUACGAUAAGCUCUUUGCUUCGUCCGAACAGAAUGGUUGAAAUUGGAAAAUGUAAUUUGGUAUUGGUUCCAUCUGAAAGAUAUCUUAUUAAUGGAAAAGUAGAUGGCGGCUUAAAUGAACAACAAAAAUUAAAAGUCGUAUUCGCUGCAGGUAAUCGUUUAGAAAAUAAUUAUUGCAACAAAUAA